CUUUCUCUAUCAUAUUUUCUCUCAUAUUUUCGCUCAUAUUUCUCAUGGACCAGACCUUUGUCGACAACGCCAAGGCGAUUUUGGAGAAGGACACCAGCACUGUGCCCGAUUUCUGGCAGAACAAAUACAAGAAAGAGGCGAGCCGGAACUGGGACCUGUUCUACAAGCGCAACACAACAAAUUUUUUCAAGGACCGGCACUGGACGGACCGCGAGUUCGAGGAGCUGCGGCCAGGCCAUGUGUUUUCGGAGCAAAAGCCGGUUCUGCUGGAGAUUGGAUGCGGCGUAGGAAACUUUGUGUGGCCCAUCCUGGACCGUAACCCGGACGUGUAUGUUUAUGCGUGCGAUUUCUCUGAGCGCGCAGUGGGCUUCGUGCAGGCGAAUGAGAAUUACAACGAGGAGCGGUGCAAGGCAUUUGUCUGCGAUAUCACAAAGGACAGGCUUGCAGACACAAUCCCGCCGCACUCGGUUGACAUUAUAUCUGCGAUCUUUGUGUUCUCGGCGCUGCCACCCGAGAAGCAGGCGGCAGCAGUGUUGAACAUUCUCGAGGUGCUGAAGCCCGGCGGUCGUGUUCUGUUCCGUGACUAUGGGCUCUAUGAUCUGGCGCAGCUGCGGUUCAAGACGGGCCACAAGCUCGAGGACAACCUGUAUGUGCGGCAGGACGGCACACUGUCGUACUAUUUCUCGACGGAGCGGCUGCGUGAGCUGUUUGUUGAGCACGGCGGGCUGAGUGAGCUGGCCAACGACUACAUGGUCAAGAAGCUGGUCAAUGUCAAAAAAAACCUAGACUCAGAGCGCAUUUUUGUACAGGCAAAAGCGCCGAUAGCUGGCACAAGUCUGGACGGCAGUGCCCCGAUGGAUACAGAGUAG